UGAGAUGCUCUGAGCAUGACACUUCUCCCCGGGCAGCUUUAAGCUGCCCAAUGUUCACUUUGGUGAUGGGUUAAAGCUGAGGUCACAUUUUGUUAUGUCGGCAGUGGACAGGAUGGACAGGUUGGCAAACUCAUUCAUCAAGAAGUUGCCAAGAUGCCUCUUGGAUGUAGGCCUCAAGGAGCGAAAAGUAUGAUACCUCUUAUUCUUUAGCCAACACAUAGGAAUCACAAUGUAAAUGUGUCUACAACACAAUCACAGUCUAGCUAAUUGCCUUUGAUGUCAUGUGAUGUAAUAAUGACACUAUACAUUAUUGAAAAAAACAAACAUUGUAUUGUUGAUAGUUGUUUUUGAAACUAUGAAAAAGUCAAGUAAAGAUAUCACAUAAAAUAUGCUACCUACACUCCAUAGAAGAUUUUUAGCAUAACUCUACUAGUGUUUUUAAAUAAAAAAUGUUGUAUUCUCAUUAAUGUCAAAAUUUGACAUUUUACAAUGCCACCCAAGGGUAAAAAGAAGAAGGGUAAGGAAGUGAUGUCAGUUGCAGAGCUCGACAAAAUGCCUGCCGAGGCGAUGUCAGAGAAACAACUGCAGAAGUACAUCACUUACCUCAGAGACCAGCUGGACAAGGAGCGCAAGGAACGACCGGUCUUUCAACUGGACUGUGAGAAAAUUCAGUCAUUCCUUGAACUCUGCAGGCAGAAUUUAGAGAACACAAAAGCAGAAUUGUCCUGCACGGACGCUGCGAGUUGGGAGGCUGGCAAGCACCAUCAAAUGGAGGUAGGUGCAUACAAAAUGCAUCUGAGGCACGAGCUGCACGAGCUGCACAACGCAAUCUCCGAUUUAAAGUCCGAUCUCGCUGCCCAUGCCUCGAUCAUCCAGAGCUACCACUCCAAGUCAGAGCUUGAGCUCUGGAGUUCGUUUCAAAGAAUGCACACAGACCAUAGACAUGAGAAGCACAUGAAAAAUCUCAGUAUUGAGGAGAUAAAUCUAAAACACUGGUUGGAGUUAAGGGGUCUGACGAGCGAUUAUGAGGAGAGAAUCCGGGAUGUAGAGUUUACCAACUGCAGGAGGUACCAUCAAAAUGUUAUUUUGGGGGAGGAAAAGCAUCAGGAACUAAUGAAUAACCUGGACAAUAAAUGGAAAAAUCGGACAAGGGACCUGAUGCAGAAACACAAGACAAUCCUCAGAGAUGCUGCAGAAACAAUAUUUUCACUGCAGACAGAUGCACUUGUGCAAGAGAGGGCCUUUAAGAGGAAGGCAGCAGAUAUGCAGAAGUUGCUGUCGCAAGCGGACAAAGAUUUCGUAGCGGCUCAGGACCACAACAGAUGUCUGCACGAGUCUAUGCAGGAGGCAGAGCAGAAGCAGAGUGAGCUUCAACAGCAAAUGCAGUUUUACAACCAGGCCAGUGCGUGUCAUGAAAAGAACAGAGCCCAUAUGAAGCACCUGGAAAGUGAGCUGAGGGAUUUGGCUGUUAAUCAUGAGCUGGCGUUGCAGGAGUUUGAAAAGCUCGAUAAGGAGUGCACCAAGAUGCUAAAGGAGCACAGGGACAUCAUUUUUAACCUGCAGCAAGAAGGUGCUCUGAAACAGAAAAUAUUGCAGAAGAAACUGGUGCUACUGACACCAACUGAGUCAGGGAAAGAAGCGAAAUUCAACAUUGUCUCUUGCACCACUGAUGAGAACAUAGGUAGCAGUACCACAAUAGGACAUCAAUGAAAUACUGUUCCUGAAAACCAAGGUUUUUAACGUCUUUGACCUAUAGCGUUUGUGGUUAUGUUGCCAUCUCUCAUAAAUUUGUGAAGGUAUUGUUCCAUUAUUCCGACAAUCUGACAUCCAUCCAUCCAUCCAUCCAUCCAUCCAUCCAUCCAUCCAUCCAUCCA